AUGAGGUGUUGUUGCUACAUAUGUACCGUCGAGCCGGGAAAACGGAAGAAAGAUCAGUCGAAAAAAGGACGCCGUAACAAAGGAAUGGAUAAACAACCGGCGAGCAGUUGGAGUAUCCAUACCCGGCCGGAGAUAAUCGCCAAGUACGAGAUCUUCGAGCGAGUCGGAUCCGGCGCUUAUGCCGACGUUUACAGAGCUCGACGGAUCUCCGACGGCCUCGUCGUUGCGCUCAAAGAGAUCUUCGAUUACCAGUCCGCGUUCCGGGAGAUUGAUGCGCUCACUAUCCUCAGCGGAUCUCCUAACGUCGUCCUUAUGCACGAGUACUUCUGGCGAGAGGACGAGAACGCCGUGAUUGUGCUCGAGUUCCUCAGGACGGAUCUCGCGGCGGUGAUCAAAGAUGCCAAGAGGCGGAAGAAGGGAUCGGGCGGGGACGGGUUUACGGUCGGGGAGAUCAAGAGAUGGAUGAUUCAGAUUUUAUCCGGCGUCGAUGCGUGCCAUAGGAACCUGAUCGUCCACAGAGAUUUGAAGCCUGGGAAUAUGUUGAUUUCUGAUGAUGGAGUGCUUAAGCUUGCAGAUUUUGGUCAGGCUAGGAUACUCAUGGAGCAGCCUGAUGUUGUAGCUUCAGAUGAAAACCAGGUUGAAGACAAAGAUGGAGAAACGAGCAGAGAACCACCAGAGGUGAUUCCCGACUAUGAGAACUCGUCUCAGCAAGGCUCCGAUGGUCAGGAACAGGAAUCGAUGAGUAAAGACGAGUACUUUCGACAGGUGGAAGAGCUCAAGGCUAAACAGGUUGUAAGAGAUGAUACCGAUAAGGACUCGAAUGUGCCUGAUGGAAAUACAUCUUGCCUCGCGACGUGCACUGUUAGUGAAAUGGACGAUGAUCUCGGUGAGAACUCUUUUGCUUAUGAUGCUGAUGAAGCGUGGGAUGGUGCACAAGGUCUGAUGACAUCUUGCGUGGGAACCCGAUGGUUUAGACCACCAGAGCUGCUCUACGGAUCCACAAUGUAUGGGUUGGAGAUCGAUCUGUGGUCGCUUGGUUGUGUGUUUGCAGAGCUCUUGUCUCUCGAGCCUUUGUUCCCAGGGAAUUCAGAUAUUGAUCAGAUCAGCAGAGUAACCAACGUGCUGGGAAAUUUAAACGAAGAAGUCUGGCCAGGCUGUGUUGAUCUCCCAGACUACAAGUCGAUCUCGUUUGCUAAAGUAGAGUCUCCACUUGGUGUAGAAGGAUGUCUUCCCAACCAUUCAGGGGAUGUGAUAUCUCUGCUCAAGAAGCUUAUCUGUUACGAUCCAGCUAGUAGAGCUACUGCUAUGGAGAUGUUGAGUGACAAAUAUUUCAGCGAGGAGCCUCUUCCGGUUCCAGUUUCAGAGCUCUAUGUGCCUCCGACAUGGAGUGGGCCGGGUGAUGAGGAUUCUCCGAGAAAGUGGAAUGAUCACAGAGAAAUGGAUUCGGAUUCAGAUUUUGACGGCUUUGGACCCGUGAAUGUAAAGCCUACCAGUAGUGGAUUUACAAUCGAAUUCCCUUGACCCUUAGUGGCAUUUAAGGUCAAUUACAUAUGGACCGGGUCCAUGGUGAAGAAUCUUUAUUCGCAGGGUUCCCUGAAUUCGCCUACUCUGUCAAAAUUGUUGUUAUGUGUUGUCUCUCUACCGCUCUGGUAUAGAAAACGGUAACAUUUACUACUGUAAAGUUGGUGUUUGGCUUUAGCUAGCGAAAGAGCUAGUUUUCUUGCUGCCCAGGCCAAUCUUUGCCCUAUUUUUCAAUUGAAGUAACAAUGAGAAAAAAAAAAAAAAAAUAUCUGUUUAUCAACGACAUUGUAUGGUAGUAACUUCCUCUCAUCAUGGUCAGAGUUGAA